CAUCUUUGAAGACAUCGGGGAUUACGUGCCCUCCACGGCGAAGGUGCCACGGGACAAGGAGCGGGAGCGGUACCGAGAGAGGGAGCGGGACAGGGACCGCGAGCGGGACCGAGAGGAGGAGAAGAAGAGGCACAGCUACUUCGAGAAGCCCAAGGCCGACGAUGAGCCCACAGACGUUGACAAAGGACCCGGCUCAGCCAAGGAGCUCAUCAAGUCCAUCAAUGAGAAGUUCUCUGGAGCCACGGGCUGGGAAGGAGCAGAGUCCUUGAAGAAGCCAGAAGACAAGAAGCAGCUGGGAGACUUCUUUGGCAUGUCCAACAGCUACGCCGAGUGCUACCCUGCUACGAUGGAUGAUAUGGCUGUGGACAGCGAUGAAGAGGUGGACUACAGCAAAAUGGAUCAGGGUAACAAGAAGGGACCUCUGGGCCGCUGGGACUUCGACACCCAGGAGGAGUACAGCGAGUACAUGAACAACAAGGAGGCUCUGCCCAAGGCGGCCUUCCAGUAUGGGAUCAAGAUGUCCGAGGGACGCAAGACCCGGCGCUUCAAGGAGACGAACGACAAGGCAGAGCUGGACCGGCAGUGGAAGAAGAUCAGUGCGAUCAUCGAGAAGAGGAAGAAGCUGGAGGCUGAUGGGGUUGAAGUGAAACGUCCCAAGUACUGA